GGACCCAUAUAAGGUGUGUCGUUGUUGUACUUCAUAUUGCUCCAUGGCAACCAACACGGGUGGGCCGAGCUCCUUAUCCUUGAUUGUUCCGCCGCGUAGCUCUCUUUUAAUGCAAUCCCGCUCAUGUCGGACACAUCGGAGGGCCACGGAGUCAGUGAGAGGCACACCGACGACAGUGGCGAACAUAGCAGCAGCAGCUACGCGCGUCGCAACACCAUCACGGUGCCGACGGUGCAGCUCUUCAACAACGCCGAUACCUCCCUCAUCCCAUCUGUGCUGCCGUCAUCCACGCCGUCCUGUGUGGAGCUAAACUUCCACACCGCCGUUUUCUCGCGUAACGCCAGCUUUGUGGGAAGCGCAGGCGGCGGCAGAUCCGCUCCGUUGGUCGCUGCAGUCGCCGUUGCUCGCGGUGAGCCGCGUCGAGCUCCCGAGGGUGGUACCGAAGGUGGUGAGGAAGGUACCGCGGACGCUGCAGCCGUGAAAGUCAGCAUCGCACCUGCAAUUAUCGGCUACUUCGGUAUGAUGUUUGGAAACGGUAUAAACGCCUUUCACAGUCAGAUCCUAGAUGCGAAAGGUUUCUCUCCUUAUCAGAUCGGCAUUCUCGUGGCAUCGAACCCGCUGCUCAGCAUGACGCUUCUUCCCACCCUGAGCUACCUCGCCGACAAGUUUCGCUGUGAGACAAAAAUGGUGCUGACGAGCAUCGUGAUUUCAUCCGCCUCCGCGUUCGCCUACACCAUGUCCUCUGCGUCCUACCUGGUAGUCAUCUUCUUCCUGGUGAUGUCCGCGUCGCGCAUCGUCAUGAACCCUCUUCUUGACCAGCGCACACUGAUGAUGUUUCCUAAGGACGGUCGGUCCAGCGCGUGGAGCUACGUACGCUCGUACGGGGCGUAUGGAUGGGGCCUUGGCAGCCUCGUUGCCUCGUUGAUCUACACGGUGACCAAGAGCUGGGUGGCGGUGGCGGCGCAGUUCUUCGUUGGCCAAUUGGGCCUGGCCUACUGCAUGAUGGUGGUGAUGCCGUACGAGGAGAUCGAGAAGGUGCCGGUGCGCUUCAAGGAGGUGCUCCACCUGCUCGCCACAAACGUGCGGCUGACGCUGUUCAUCUUCGCCGUGACCAUGAUGGGCACGGGCUACAGCUUCAUCACCAACUUCCUGUUUUUGUUCUUAAAGGACCUCGGCGGCUCCAAGUUCCUGAUGGGCCUCACCAUCGUCCUUACCGUCAGCACGGAGAUCCCGCUGUUCCAGAUGUCGGAGCGGCUGCACCAGAUGUUUACGGAGCGCCACAUGAUGACCAUCGCCAUGAGCGUGUGGACCUUCCGCGUGGUGUGCUACUCGCUGCUCAGGAACCCGUGGUGGGUGCUGCUGAUCGAGCCGCUGCACGGCGUCACCUUCUCCUUCAUGUGGCUGCCGUCCGUGCACCUCGUUGCACGCGCCUUCCCGCCCAAGCUGUCCAGCUCCGCCACCGGCGUGCUCUUCACCUUUAUGAGCGGCGUUGGUCCUGUGGUCGGCAACCUGGUGGCUGGCACGCUGUACAGCCUGGUGGGUCCACGCAAGAUGUUUCUCUGCGCUGCCGCGGCGAUGGGCUUGUCGCUUGUGUUUUACCUCGCGAUGGACUACACGCUGGAGCGGCGUGGCGUGUCCGUUGUGUGCGACUACGACGCCGCGGACGUGACGAUGGUGGACAUCGAGAGGGUGAAGACGGCAACGAUCGACGUCCACACUCGGCGGACGAUGCGCCUCGCACUGAAGGGGGCAGAAGAACGGAGGAUGCUGUGUCGAAGCCGGCCUCCUACUCGCAGCAGGAGAGUGAGGGCGUAA